GCAGCGGUGGGGCUCCGAGGACACCGCUCUCAGCCUGAAACCUCCGCUCUGCUCUUAAAUGGAGGCUCCAGCUGAUCCGUCAGGCACGGGGCUGCACGCAUGCCCAUCUUUUCAGCGUUCGGUGGUGGUGUCAACUUAUUAAUUUCUGUCUCCCGACUUUGAGCGAGCCCGUUGGUUUGCCGUCUGAAAGGCGUUAUUACUUUUGUCCAUGUGGCAAAAAUAAUUAGCAUACAGAUGAGAAGGGAUCCUGCCUCUGAGCCUCAGUUGCGGGAGAAGAUGUGCAGUGCAAAGUUGAUUGGAUGAAUGGAGAACAAAUGGUGGGCGUUCAAAAGCAUUAGGAGAGUUUUGUUGUCGUGGAGCGGGUCUGUCAGUUUCCUGGGUGAACGUGGUAAGAUGGAAGGCAGGGUGGCUGGCGCUGAGGCGGCUGCUUGAUGGAGCGUGGCCUACUUGGAGGUGUGCGGUUGGAUCGUGUGUGGCCGGUGCCUUUGGACUACUUUGGUUUGCGAUUCUGCGGCGUUCCCUUUGCGGUUUCCUUCAAGAAAAUGAAUCUGGAAGAAAAUUGGUGAAUCCAACCCAGUGGACCUGGAAGCACUCUGACAGGCUCAGAGAGCAGAGUCUGGACCAAAGAGCAAUUACCCCACCAAACGAUUUCAGAUCCAAUCAUCAAAAAUAAGUGCAUUAAAAAUUUGGGUGAAUCUUUCAAGUUUUCUGUGAAAAUCAAGAUCCUGAAUGAGAGGACUGAAAUAUUGAGAACAGAUUUCAAAGGACUGACUAUGCAUAUAGAGUGAUAACGGGAUACAAGAACACUGUAUCAAAAGUCUUGUUACAGUUGAGAUGGAGGUGGAUGCAGACGAGAAGCGCCAUCGCACACGCUCCAAAGGUGUUCGAGUUCCCGUGGAACCAGCCAUACAAGAGCUGUUCAGCUGUCCCACGCCUGGCUGUGAUGGCAGUGGUCAUGUUAGUGGCAAAUAUGCAAGGCACAGAAGUGUUUAUGGCUGUCCUUUGGCAAAAAAACGAAAAACGCAAGAUAAGCAACCCCAAGAACCAGCUCCCAAAAGAAAACCUUUUGUGGUUAAAGCAGACAACUCUUCUGUAGAUGAGUGUUACGAAACUGAUGGAACAGAGGAGAUGGAUGAAAAGGAAGAAGAAGAGGAAGAGGAGGAUGAAGAAGAGGAGGAAUAUUCUGAUGACAAUGAUGAUCAAGGUGAUGAGGAGGAGGAUGAUGAGGAGAUAGAUCGAGAAGAAGAAGAGGAGAUUGAAGAGGAAGAAGAGGAGGAUGAAGAGGAAGGUGAAGAUGAGGAGGAUGAAGAAGAGGAGGAAGAAGAGGAGGAGGAGGAGGAGGAGGAGGAGGAAGAACGUGAAGACCAUCAAAUGAAUUGUCACAAUACUCGAAUAAUGCAAGACACAGAAAAAGACGAUAACAAUAAUGAUGAGUAUGAUAAUUACGAUGAACUGGUGGCCAAGUCAUUGUUAAAUCUUGGUAAAAUUGCUGAGGAUGCAGCAUACAGAGCCAGGACAGAAUCAGAAAUGAACAGCAAUACAUCUAAUAGUCUGGAAGAUGAUAGUGACAAAAAUGAAAAUAUUGGUCGGAAAAGUGAGCUGAGUUUAGACUUAGACAGUGAUGUUGUUAGGGAAACAGUGGACUCCCUUAAAUUACUAGCACAAGGACAUGGUGUAGUGCUAUCAGAAAACAUUAAUGAUAGAAAUUAUGCAGACAAUACUUCUCAGCAAGAUAAUAGGAAUAUGAACUUUGUAAUGUUAGGGAAGCCUGUGAACAAUGGACUUACGGAAAAAAUGGUGGAGGAGAGUGAUGAAGAGGUGUGUCUCAGCAGUUUGGAGUGCUUAAGGAACCAGUGUUUUGAUCUGGCUAGGAAACUCAGUGAGACAAACCCACAGGAAAGAAAUCAACAGCAAAACAUGAACACUCGUCAGCAUGUCAGGCAAGAAGAUGACUUCCAAGGAAGAACACCAGACCGGAAUUACUCUGAUAUGAUGAACCUAAUGAGGCUUGAAGAACAGUUGAGCCCCAGAUCUAGGACUUUUUCUAGCUGUGCAAAGGAGGAUGGUUGUCAUGAAAGAGACGAUGAUACCACCUCUGUUACUUCAGAUAGGUCUGAAGAAGUGUUUGAUAUGACAAAAGGUAACUUAACCCUGCUUGAGAAAGCAAUUGCUUUGGAAACAGAGAGAGCAAAAGCCAUGAGAGAAAAAAUGGCAGUGGAAGCUGGAAGGAGGGAUAAUAUGAGAUCAUUUGAGGAACAAUCUCCAAGACAACUUUCUGGGGAUGACAGGAAGCCUAAACCCAGUGACGGCCAUGUCAAAAAGCCAUAUUAUGGUAAAGAUCCCUCAAGAACAGAAAAGAAAGAGAGCAAAUGUCCUACCCCUGGGUGUGAUGGAACUGGCCAUGUAACGGGGCUUUACCCCCAUCACCGCAGUUUGUCAGGAUGCCCACACAAAGAUAGGGUCCCUCCAGAAAUUCUUGCCAUGCAUGAAAAUGUUCUUAAGUGUCCUACACCAGGCUGCACAGGCCGGGGCCACGUAAAUAGCAACAGGAAUUCCCACCGAAGCCUCUCUGGAUGUCCUAUUGCUGCAGCAGAGAAACUGGCUAAAGCUCAAGAGAAGCAUCAGAACUGUGAUGUGUCAAAAUCAAACCAGGCAUCAGAUCGGGUUUUAAGGCCCAUGUGCUUUGUUAAGCAAUUGGAGAUCCCUCAGUAUGGCUACAGAAACAAUGUCCCCACCACCACACCCCGCUCCAACUUGGCCAAGGAACUAGAGAAAUACUCUAAGACUACGUUUGAAUAUAACAGUUAUGACAACCAUGCCUAUGGCAAGAGAGCCAUAGCUCCCAAGGUGCAAUCCAGGGAUAUAUCCCCCAAAGGAUAUGAUGCUAAACGUUACUGUAAGAAUUCAAGUCCAACCAGCAGCACAACAAGCAGUUAUGCCCCUAGCAGCAGCAGCAAUAUGAGUUGUGGUGGAGGCAGCAGUGCCAGCAGUACCUGCAGCAAGAGCAGCUUUGACUACACUCAUGACAUGGAGGCAGCGCACAUGGCUGCUACUGCUAUUCUGAAUCUCUCCACCCGCUGCAGGGAGAUGCCUCAGAACCUCUCCACUAAGCCUCAGGAUCUCUGUGCAAGGAAUCCUGAUAUGGAAGUUGAUGAAAAUGGAACGUUGGACCUGAGUAUGAACAAGCAGAGGCAGCGAGAUGGUUGCUGUACCAUUUUGACACCACUGGAGCCAAUGUCACCACAACGACAAGCAGUGAUGAACAACCGCUGUUACCAACUGAAUGAGGGUGACUGCUGGGACUUACCGGUGGACUACACUAAAAUGAAGCCCAGUAGGAUAGAUGAAGAUGAUUCCAAAGAGAUUAAUCCAGAAGAUUUGGAUCCUUUCCAAGAGGCACUAGAAGAAAGAAGGUAUCCUGGUGAAGUUACAAUCCCAAGUCCUAAACCCAAAUACCCUCAAUGCAAAGAGAGCAAAAAGGAUUUAAUAACAUGUCCAACACCAGGGUGUGAUGGGAGUGGUCAUGUGACUGGUAAUUACGCCUCACAUAGAAGUUUGUCUGGCUGCCCCUUGGCGGACAAAAGCAUUCGAAGUAUGCUGGCCACAAGCUCACAAGAACUCAAGUGUCCAACUCCUGGGUGUGAUGGUUCUGGACAUAUUACUGGAAAUUAUGCUUCACAUCGAAGUCUUUCAGGCUGUCCACGAGCAAAGAAGAGUGGGAUCAGGAUAGCACAAAGCAAGGAGGACAAAGAAGACCAAGAGCCAAUUAGAUGUCCAGUUCCUGGUUGUGAUGGUCAGGGUCAUAUAACUGGAAAAUAUGCAUCCCAUCGCAGCGCAUCAGGGUGUCCUCUAGCUGCCAAAAGGCAAAAGGAUGGGUACCUAAAUGGCUCACAGUUCUCUUGGAAGUCAGUGAAGACGGAAGGAAUGUCAUGUCCAACCCCAGGAUGUGAUGGCUCAGGACAUGUUAGUGGUAGUUUUCUUACUCAUCGUAGUUUAUCAGGAUGUCCCAGAGCUACUUCAGCAAUGAAGAAAGCAAAGCUGUCUGGAGAACAAAUGCUAACAAUAAAGCAGCGGGCCAGUAAUGGUAUAGAAAAUGAUGAAGAAAUUAAACAGUUAGAUGAAGAAAUCAAAGAACUAAAUGAAUCCAACUCCCAGAUGGAAGCUGACAUGAUUAAACUCAGAACUCAGGUAACAAUUACCACAAUGGAGAGCAACCUGAAGACGAUAGAAGAGGAGAACAAAGUAAUUGAACAGCAAAAUGAGUCUCUUCUUCAUGAAUUGGCCAAUUUAAGCCAGUCUUUAAUUCAUAGUCUAGCUAAUAUCCAGCUACCACAUAUGGAACCAAUCAAUGAACAAAAUUUUGAUGCUUACGUGACCACUUUGACGGACAUGUAUACAAAUCAAGAUCGUUAUCAGAGUCCAGAAAAUAAAGCCCUACUGGAAAAUAUAAAGCAGGCUGUGAGAGGAAUUCAGGUCUGAACAGCUGCUAUAGUGGUGAAAGUCUUGCUUAAAAAAAGGAUGCCUCUUGUUUUUUGCUGCUGUAAUUUACCAGAAAGUGUUAUAUAUUUAUUUCUGUUUGAAACAGUGUUAUGCUUACAAGACUUCAUAAUGAUUUUAUGUCUUGCUUUAAAGAUAGUAACUGCAGAAUAGUUUUUUGAAUACAUUCACAUUUUGUACGUUUUCAUAUAAGCUGACAUAGUGUGAUAUGCCAUGUAAUGUUUAUAGCUGCUAAUGUAUGCACAUUUUUGGGGUAUAUAUAUUUCUGAAGAGGUAAGCUGAUCAAAAUAAAUAGAGUGUAAAUUCUUUUUAAUGCUUUAGUGAUUAAAUGUUUUAGUAUUUUGAACUGAAAUGGACAAAAAGAAAAAAAAAACAAACAGCUUUGAAUGACGAUGUUGCGGUCUGCAGCCACUUUUUAAACACUAUCAUUUUGCCUCAUGUUGGAGGAUUUUAUGGGAUUUAAGAAAUACAUUUUGUGUGCAUAUUGUUUCAUAGCAAGAAUUGGUUGCAAAAAUGCUUUAUUUUUGAACAAUGCUUGAAAAUAUUAUGUGACUUUUGUUUUUGGAGGAUGGUGUGUGGUGGGGGCAAUAAAAUGAGGUUUUUUGAAUUCCAAGAAAAUGGCAUGGAUUAGAUGUAAGAUACAAAAUGGGUAAUUUAUUGUAAGACAACAUCAAGCCAUGGAAACUUGACAGAAGAUUCAAAGCAGCUUAAACAGCACUUUUUAAUUAACUUCUAAGCAUUACAUGGUAUGAAUAUGAGAACUUCCAUUAUGAAAAGAACUAUAUCAGAGGUGGACAACGUGAAGAUUUCAGCUUUUAUUUUCAAAUAAACUUUGGAGCCAACAUUCUCUUACCUCUGCUGGACUGCUAGUGCCCCUCUGAAUUAUCUGUUAUAGCAAUGUAGUUCAUCUUUCAGAAAUUCUGUAUUUCCAAUUCAAGGUGGAGGACAAUAUUUUAAAAUUAAUAUUGCCUUUUCACAUCUUUAGUUUUGGGAUAAACACAAAUGAUCUGCUUCUGUUAGCAUUACUGAACUGCAUUCGCUGCUCUCCGUAGUGGGAAUGCAGUUCAGUAAAGACUUUUCCUUUUGUUUGGCCAAGCAUUUGAUCCAAUUUUUAAUAUUUCAGCAUUUAUGUUUUGCUUUUAGUUGGAGAACAAUCGUUACUGCAGCAUCCACAUACGCUUUGUAUUCGUUCUACUAUUACCUAUUGCAAAAAUGAAUGCAAUCAAAUUUUUAAUGUAACUAAAUAUACUUCAGCACUUUUUUUUGCUUUAAACUGGAUCAUUUUAAGGUAAAACUUAUUUGUAUCUUCAAGAUUUGAUUGUUUUCUUCAAAAUGACUGCACUAUAUGUAUGCAUAAGACCACUUUUUAUUACUACAUUUUUCUUUUUUUAAGUAGUAAAUUUGGUGAUGUGUUGUGUUUUACGGAUGUUGAAUUUAUUUAAAUUUGAUAGCAUAUCUUUUUCCUUCCAUGUCUUGAUGUUAUGCAGAAAGUACAAAAGUACUUUAAAAUUUUGUUAUGAAAAAGAUGGAUUUUGUAAAAAAUAAAAUAUUUUUAGCAGAACAGGACUUACAGGGUCAUUGUCCCCACAAUGUGCCAGUUGACUAUUUGCACUUACCUUGCCCUAUAUAUCCAUACGGAGGUGUGCAAUUUCUUGUGUCAUUAGCCUUGUGACACUAAACUAGAACAAAUUAUAGUGGAAGCCAUUAUGGCCAAUCCAGUAAUAUUGCUAAGGGAGACUACAGGGAUCUCACAACAAAUAUUCUGAUACAAUACUCAACCUCGGUAUAUAUAUAUAUGUAUAAAUAUAUGUAUAUCCCAGCGGCACUUUAUACUAUUCACUGUACAAAAGCUUACAGUUUUCCACGAGGACUUUAAUAACUAGCUGGGAAAAGAUUAUGUAAUUACUUUGGGGCUCUGCAGUAUCUUAUCUGUACAGUGCCCUUUUUCUGUUGUGCUAUUAGUUGUAGCUGCCAUGCUCAGAAUUGCCUUUUUGAGAGCUGAAGCAAGGUGCUUGUUGUUCACCUUCUGCCAUAUAUAUUGUACUUUUGCCCUAGCCUCCUUUUAGGGCUUUCAUUGUUCAUAAUGGCAUAUGCAUUUUUCCACUGCAUUGUGUCUGCAGCUUCUUUGCCAGUAUAGUAAUGCUUUCAGUAGAGUAAUAGAUAGUAUCAGUUUUGGAUUCUUAUUGUUAUCACCUAUGUACAAUGGAAAGGGAUUUUAAGCACAAAUCUGCUGCUCAUCUAAUGUUGGUACAUAAUAUCAAAUCAAAAGUUAUCUGUGACUAUUAUAUAGGGAUCACAAAAGUGUCACAUAUUAGAAUGCUGACCUUUCAUAUGAAAUUAUUGUGAGUCAUCAGAGUUUAUUUAUUAUAACUUAUUGUUCAUAUUCAUUUCUAAGUUAAUUUAAGUAAUCAUUUAUUAAGACAGAAUUUUGUAUAAACUAUUUAUUGUGCUCUCUGUGGAACUGAAGUUUGAUUUAUUUUUGUACUACACGGCAUGGAUUUGUUGACAUUUUAAUUUUGCUAUAAAUGUGUGGAAUCACAAGUUGCUGUGAGACUUCAUUUUUAAAUUGUGAACUUUGUACAAAUUUUGUCAUGCUGGAUGUUAACACAUCUUACUCUAAAUAAAUAAAAAAAUGUGUUGCCACA